AUGACCUCUUCACACUUCCACACCCCGACGGAAAUACACGCCGCCGCAAUGGCAGUUGGAAACGCACUUGCUCAAUAUGAAACCUACAGUACGCUCUUGUUGGUGGUAGUGUAUGUGGUGGUCUUGGGCUCUACACGGGCAACCCAAGACAUAGACUUUGUCGUGCCAUGGGGCGAAACCUCAAACGCAAGACAGUUGCUGCGUGCCUCUCCCGGUUUCGAAAUUGAAGCAAGAACGAACAACACUACUUACAAGGCCCGAAGACCAGUACAAGUCGAGAUCCUCACCCCACCUCUUUUGUUCAAAGAACCCUUUGACGAGAAUACUGAGGUAAUCUCAAUUGAAGGAGUAAAAGUCUUGAAGCCCGCUUUGCUUCUUAAUGCAAAAUGUGGUUCGAUUACGGGUCGGUCUACGGAAGACAAGAGGAGAACGGAUUCUUUGGACAUUAACUUUCUUCUCAAUUUCUGUGCUCACAAUCCAGAAUACCUUCCAAAGUCUGACGAAGUGCCAAGAGCAACAACGCAACUUGUCCACGUUCUUAUCCAGUUUUACGGAGGUGGAGAGGCUUGGGCCGUUUUGGGAGAAGUUGAACUAUUUUUACGCCUGAUGAUUUCUGAUCGAUGUAUACGAAGCGUCAGUACGGGGUAUGAUGUCCCAUUCUAUUGGCUUGCCUGGUCUAUGUACUAUGCCGUGUCUCGUGCUUGUGCCUUACUGCUCAUGAGUUCUUUUGCGCUUUCCUAG